AUCGUGAAGCGCAGAAUUCAACGUCAAGGUCAUGGCUUCUAUUUUCCGAGCCUUGAAGCUUGCCGUUUUCAAUUUCUUAUGUCGAGAACCUUUAAUUUGCACCACAAACGGACCACUCAUAUACCCAUCAUUGACUUUGGGACCAUUACAGCAUUGGGAAGAUUUUAUUUACUUCGCAGUACCGAAAAAGCGUAGGACAAUCGAAGUGCGACGCAUUCGGAAACAUCUUUCUUUGCGUUCCGGUUCUUAUGACCCUAGAGAAGACUUGACACCGUGUAAAUUUUGUGGUCACUUAAAUCCUCGGACUUUUCUUUGCACAAACUGUUACAGUAAAGUACGAGAAGAAACUAACUUUUUACGUUCCCUUCUCAAUGGUCAACUGCCAAGUGAUCGAGAGAUUCGAUUUGUAUAUGAUAGUGAUAAAUCAUCUGUCGGUGAAGCAACAACAACUAACAAUGUAAAUGUUAAUGUCUCUGGAUCUAGACCUUCAUGGUUCCCGUCUACUUUAAAGCCAAGUAAACCUUCUUCAUCAGAUGGUGAAAAUUCAUGAAAACCAUUGUGUAUAUGAACAGUUGGAUUACUGACACAUCAUUGUAGAUAUGUAUGUCCUCUAAUAAAUUUUCUAACU